GUGAUGACGAAAUGACAGGUUACGCUGCACUGUAGGAUGUUUGACAUCAGUAAGACGCAAAGAUGCGAUCGAUACAUAGUUGCAAUUAUUAUGAUAAUAUUUUUUAACGGCCUGUGGAUUUACUGCAGACGGUUUGUCUUAUCACUGAUGUUAUUAUGACGCAACAUCAGUAAGCGGUAUGAAGACGGUGGGGGGGGAUCCAGUUUAGCAGCAGCCAGAAUGAAUUAAAAGUGAUUUUAUAUAGACUGUCAGAUGAACUUGUACUUUGUCUCAGUCGCUUAAUGUCACGAACACCUGGGCGUUCUUAGUCAUUUCUUCCAUGUAUAUGCAAGGGAACCUCCCGGGGCGGUGUGUUUUGAAAUUUGAGCCCGCUAGCUGUCAGGUAAUGUUGGAUAACGCCGGUAAAAAAUAAAAUUGUCAACUCAAGAUGAGUCGCGCUGACGUAAUUUUCCUAUGUUCGGUUACCGAGGGCAUGGAAACCAUGGAGAAAAGGCGCUGUAACGAAACCUCGUAAAUACGCGCCUACCGCCGGCCACCACACACACCUGCUCCAAUGAAACGUGAGUCGACUGGGCAGCUCGCUUAGUGUGGCCCACGGCAUGUGUUUGUUUACUCUGUAAAUAAAUUGUGUGGCUCGUCUCAAAAUUACGUUUUGGAGAUGGCAGCCGGCGCCCCGUGGUGACGACACAACCGCGUCUUACGAGCCGGUCAGGUGAAUCCACCGUGCUGCAUAGGAGUCCGAUGUUUGUUUGCCUGUGAAAGCAGCCGAGGCGCUGGGGGGGAGAGGAGUUGCCCUUAUGGCCGAGCGACGCAGGAUACAGCUGACCACGCUGUCCAACAACGUGCCGCUGGCGCUGCCCGCAGCGCUGCUCAAACAAGUGCCGCCCAAGCAGCAGGACUCCGGGGUCCCCGCGGUGGGGGCGGCUGCGGCGAACGGUGGGAAGAGCGAGAGCACCCUGCGUCUCGUGCUCGCCCUCUUCGAGCCGGACCAGAGGCGCUGUCCCGAGUUCUACUACCCCGAACUGGUGAGAAAAAAGAACAAUGCAGUCAAACGGCCAUGCAAGAGUUUGGAUGAAGAGGAGAACCAGGGAGAGAUGGAAGCCAUUGCCAAGAAGUUUGAAGAGAAAUAUGGUGGAAGUAAACGCAAGAAGGACCGUCUGCAAGACUUGGUUGACAUGGGAUACGGCUAUGACGAAACUGAUUCGUUCAUUGACAACUCUGAAGCUUAUGAUGAACUUGUGCCAGCCUCUCUCACAACGAAAUAUGGCGGCUUUUAUAUAAAUUCGGGGACACUACAGUUUAGACAAGCAUCUGAAUCAGAAAGCGAUGACUUUGUAACAGAUGACAAGAAGAAAAUCAAGGCACCAAAGAAGCGAAAAUCAAAGGAAGAAGGAGAUACAAAGCUGAUGAAGAAGAAGAAGGAAGAUCAGCACAAAAAGAAGCCGUUGAAGACUGGCAUCAUGCCACUAAAUGCCAGUGAAGAGAAGAAGAAGAAAAAGAAGAAGCAUGCCAGUGCCAUGAGUGUAAACGAAAUGCUAAAGAAAUUUCAAAAUGAUAAAGAUUCUUUGCUAAAAGAAGAAACAAAACCACCUCAGAACACUCAGUCUGCCUGGUUGAUGACACGAGAGAUGGACGCUGGCUUAAAUGUCACUGACCCCCUCCUUUCCCUCAUUGGUUCAGCAAAUGAGAAUGAUCUCUUCCAGGCAGCUAGCACAAUCGAUUUUGACAUUGACCUGGAUAAACUUCUAUAUGAUUCGCCUGAGCCAAGCCCUUCUGGUUUGGAUGAGAACAGUGAUCCCAUGGCUACGGGGCAGGCUCAGAAGCAGCCCCUUUCAUUCCCAGAUGGACUUCCACCAGAACUGGAGAAGAGAGUUAAAGAAAUGACUCAGGCUGCUAAAGGUUCAGAUGGAGAAGGGAAGCAGAAGUUCUUCACCCAAGAUAUAAACAGCAUGCUGCUUGACAUUGAAAUUCAGUCUCGAGAGUUAAACAGCCCCUUGCGCUCUGGGAUUUAUGCAUACUUGGCCUCUUUCCUACCAUGCAGCAAGGACACGUUACUCAAGAGGGCGAAGAAGUUGCAUUUACAUGAACAGGAUGGCCGUCUCAAGGAACCACUUCAAAAACUAAAGGAAGCUAUUGGUAGAUCAAUGCCAGAGCAAAUUGCCAAGUAUCAAGAUGAGUGUCUUGCACAUACUCAAGCAAAAUAUGCAAAAAUGUUGGAGGAGGGGAAAGAGAAAGAACAGAAAGAAAAGGCUUGCUCAGAUGAAGAUGAAGACGAAGACAAAAGUGGAAAACGGGUUAUGGGUCCCAGGAAAAAAUUUCAGUGGAAUGAUGAAAUCAGGGACUUCCUCUGCAGCGUUGUUGGACUGAAAGUUGGCAGCUAUGAACUGGAAAAAAACAAGUCUCAAAGUCCUGAGGAAUAUCUGAAGGCUUUCCUUGAAGCUGAAGUUAAGCCACUCUGGCCCAAAGGAUGGAUGCAGUCUAGGAUGCUGUUCAAGGAAAGCAGGAGAGUUCACAGUCACAUCACCUGUCUAGCGACGAAGAAGAAAGUCAUAACUGCUCCAAAAGUGAAAGUUAAGGAAUUGGCAAAGGUUGAAAGAAAGAUCUGUUCCACAUUGCCGCCUUCAGAAAGUACCACUGUGUUGGCUGGUGGACCAUCUGGCACCCUGGUUACUUCUUCUGCUUCCUCAGCCCCCAGUGCUACAGCUCCCAGUUCUGGAACUUCUGCUGCACUUCAUCCCUCUAGUAUGGAUGACUCGCUGGAUGGAGAUCUGAUUCACAAUCCACCUUCACUGGGAGCUGUCUCAGAGGAGCUGGCUGCACUAAACAGUGAUGGGAAGUGCGGUCCCGAUUUCACCUUCUCUUGCAAGCCGCCUCCUGAAACACUGGCGAUCACACUGGAGGAUGGGAAAGCUACGCAGAACCCACCUUGCUCCACGUCAUCAUGUUUGACGCCAACACAGUCCCCUCUUAACCUGUUAGCAGAACAAGCCUUGGCCCUUGGACAGAUUCCCCAGGAAAGGAAGAUGGACAGUGCUCAACUUUUGGUGAUACCAGGUUACAGUGACCUGCUGUCCCAGACAUCCAUGUCCAAUCAAGCUCUGACUGAUAGUGUACAAGUUAAGCCAAAAAAUUGUGGGCUGUCCAAAAGCAGCCAGUCUGUCUUGUCAAGUUCCUUGUCAUCACCAGCUCUGAAGCCUUUCCUACAGCACAACCAGCACCAGAAGUGUUUUCCUGCACCUGUAAGGUACAAUCUCAACAGUCUGCUGAGCAGUUCCCAAAGCAAAGCUUCAAAGUAUGUGGCCCCUUGUCUUGGUUUGCAGCAGCCCACAUCUAAAUCACAGACUUUCCUUCCUCUUCCCUGUACCCUGCCAAAUAGCAUGCUGCCCACAUCGCCCAGCAUAUCCAAGAUGGCUCCUUCUCAAGGGCCUGCCAUGAGUUACCAGACAAAACAGCAGCAUAACCCCACCACCGGCAUUUCUAGUUCCUCCUUCCAGCCCAUCUUCUCCGUGGUAGCCACGACUAAGUCCGGGGCGUCUCAGAGCAGAGUGGUGCAGAGCGUCCCAGGCACAUUGAGCUCUGUGACCAAUGUGAUCGCAUCGCACAAAUCCCCAACUCCUACUCAGGUCUCAAGCCUGCCAUCACCCAACACAGCAGCAAAGAAAACCCCCUCUCCUCAGAAAUUGACUCUGGUGGCGCCUCCUGGUGGUGAAAAUGGAGAUUCUUCCAAUGGAACUCAGGGUGUGGCCCGGCUCCUUACUUCCUCCCUUGCACCACCAAAGUCUGUUCCAGCAGCAACUGCCACAAAGAGUGCCACAGCAGCACCUGCCCUACCCAGCCCUCCAUCCCUGAACCUGUUAUCACCGUCAUUCACAACUGCUGGGCAGACACUGGCACCUGGGACUCUGGGGGUUCUCCCUGGCCUUGUCCCAAUGCAUGCAUUCAGCUUCCCCGUCCUCUCCUUCAGUCCUGACUCUGCGUCCAAGGCUCUGGGGUCUACUGAUGCCAUUGUCACGGGGCCAGCUCCUGGGACAUUUCACCACGGUCUCACCCGCAGUAUUUUUGCUGGCUUGCAUUCUAGCACCCUCCACCCACCGCAACUCCCACAAUCCACUCUCUCCCAUUUACAGCAGAAUCUGCAAGAUGGAAGUCAGAUCCUUGGUGAUGGCACUAAUGCACAGAGAAAGAUACAGUGAGAAAAGCAACAAACUAUUAUUAACUUUUUGAAUUGAAGAUUUCUGAGAUCAUAUGAAUGGGAGCACUGACUGUACUUAGCCAAACUGGAAUGUCUUUUUUUUUUUUUUUUUUUUUUUUUUUGUUUCUAAACUUGAGGUUAAAUUGUUUAAGCAGAUGGGUUUAUCCUUUACCAUAAUCUUCUUAAGUCACACUACUGUGCAAAAGUCUUAGGCAUUUAGAUGUUUCACAAAAAUAUUUGUUUUAAGCAU